ACCAAACUUCUUCCUCUAGUCUUCUUCCUUUGCACUCCGAUCCAUCUCUUUCCAUGGAAUGGAUCAGAGGGUCCAUCGUUGGCCGCGGCUCUACAGCCACUGUCUCCUUGGCCACCACCGUCCCGUCUGGCGAGCUCUUUGCGGUCAAGUCCGCCGAGCUCUCCCGCUCUAUGUUCUUGCAGAAAGAACAAUAUUUUCUGUCUCAACUCUGUUGUCCUCACAUAGUUGAGUACAUAGGCUUUGAUGUUUCAUAUGAAGGUAAUAAGCCUAUGUAUAAUCUUUGGAUGGAGUAUGUACCUGGUGGCACGCUUUACGAUGCAAUUCAGAGGCACCAAGGGCGGCUGGAUGAGGCCAUGAUUAGAGCGUACACAAAGCAAAUUCUGCAAGGCUUGGAAUAUCUUCAUGCCAAUGGGUUGGUGCAUUGUGAUAUAAAGAGUCGGAACAUAUUGAUAGGCAAGGAUGGUUCCAAAAUUGCUGACUUGGGCUGCGCUAAAUUGGUAGGAAAAGUUGCUGGAAAUGGAGAUUCUUCCAUGUCAACACUUUCCGGCACACCAAUGUUUAUGGCUCCGGAAGUGGCGCGUGGAGAAGAGCAGGGUUUUCCAGCUGAUGUAUGGGCUCUUGGAUGCACAAUCAUUGAAAUGGCUACCGGCAGUUCCCCAUGGCCUGAGAUGAAUGACCCGGUAUCAGUUCUUUACAGGAUUGGAUUUUCCGCUGAUGUGCUGGAGCUUCCAAGGUGGUUGUCGGAGAGGGCCAAGGACUUUUUGAGCAAGUGUCUUAUGAGGGAUCCAAGAGAGCGUUGGACAGCUAAAGAGCUUCUUGAACAUCCAUUUCUUGCAGAAAACGAUUCUCAUUCUAUAGAAGUCAAGGAAUUAAAUAUGAGUUCCCCAAAUAGUGUAUUGGAUCAUGGUUUUUGGGAGUCAAUGAAUGUGUUGGAAGGUCGUGGGAACCAGACCCAGGAGAGCAAUUCUUCCAAUUCUCCAUCUGAAAGGAUCGGGAUGUUGAUUGGAGAGACCAUGCCAUCAGAUUGGACUUGGAAUGAAGAUUGGAUCACAGUGAGAAGCAAUGUCAUAGAGGAAGAUGAGAAUUCAGUUGAAACUGCAUUGAUCAUGGGUCCUGGUACUCAAUUGGAAGUGUUCGGAAGUUCGAUGUUUGAUGAGGAUUUGUUUGAAUACUCUGCCAAUCACAGCACAAGUACUUUUAGCAGGAUUAGUAUUAGGAUAGGCUUUGUGACGGGAUGCGAGAGUGUUAAUAAGGAUGAUAUUGUAUUGAUUAUUUCAGAUUCCGAAAUUGACAAUGAAACUCAGUCUUUUCCUUCGAAUUCUACACCAAUUCAAUAUAAUCUUAUCUUGUUUGUGACAAUAUACUUGCUUUACAAAUUACGAUUUCUUAGUUGCCUAGUUUUACCAGCGAAGCCAAGGUAG